GUGGUCCUUAGGAAGUCAGUCAGUAGGUUAGUGUGUCCGGGUAGGGCUACGUGGUGAGGAGUGGGACCCUUGUCGUGCACCAACACCAYGAUGGAUGACUAYCCGAUGUAUGGGUUGCUGGUUGGGUUCUCCCUCUGGGGGACCCUCUGGCGUCUCCUCUUUCCUCUGGGAUUUUGGCAUACCUUUGCGUGUAGAGUAGGGCCCACUCGAGGUGGUACCGCCACCCAACCAUACACGAGGGAGGAGGAGGAGAAGAUGGUCGCCAUCCUGCAGGAGAGGAAGGAGAAGAAGGAGGCCAAGAAGAAGGCCUUGAAAGAAGAACAGGCGGCCAAAUUGAAGAAGAUGGAGGAAGAAAUGGCCAGGGAGAAGGAGAGGCUGAUAAAGGAAGAAGAGGAGAAGCUGAAGGAGGUGGAUGAAGGGGAGGAGGGACCACCACUGCAAAGGAGUGGGCAGCACAGCGGCCGCAGCCGCGAUGAGAUGGAGAAGAAGAUUUCGGAGUGGGUCGCCAACGUAUCCCUGGGUGAGGAGGAAGAAGUUGCUAUGUACAUCCCCAAGGAUGAGCAAGAAGCCGCCAUGAAGAAAUGGGAAGCAUAAGAAGAUGUUCUCAUGCAGCGGGCGAUGGAGGAUGAACAAAGGAUGGCGUGGAAG